AAAAACAUUCACAAAUCGCCAACAGUCACACAAACACAAACAAAUAGCACACACGAAGAUGAUGGAAGGCUGGGUGGCAGUGCUUGUACUGCAUGUGGUGUGUGCUGCGCUGUAUGUGGGGUUGCCGUGCAAGGAGACGCCAGGGUAUGUGUGUGACCGGGAUGGAAAGCCUUUCAUGUACAAGCUCAACGGGCUGCGUGUGCUGGUGAUCGUCGUCGCAUCGUUCCUGCUGGCUGCCCGACUGGGCCUUGUGUCGCCAGCUUUCUUCGUGGACGAGUUCUGGAGCGUCGCUGUUGCUUCCAACGUGCUGGGGCUUCUUGCAUCGGUGCUGGCGCUGGUGCUUGGCCUCCAGCUCUCACCACAAGAGAGGGAAAGCCACCGCCGCCGCACCUUCACCGUCGACCAGUUCAAGCCACGUGGCGCGACACCUGGGUCCUCUUCGCGGUCCCACGGUCACCCGUCCUCGCCCAUCACGUCGCGACACACGGCCACUGGCACUGGCGCUGGCACUGGCACUGGCACUGGCACUGACACGGCACCAGAGGGCCAGCACGGCCUCGCCAAGGUCCUGACCGACUUCUUCUCGGGCGUGCAGUUCAAUCCACGCACGUUUGGCCUUGACUGGAAGAUGUACUCGUACGUGUACGGCGCCGUGCUGCUGGAGCUGGUGCUGCUCAGCGCAACCUCCGCGCACAUGCGCGCAACCGGGGACGGCCAUGUGCAAGUGGCCAUGGCCGCAUACGUAGGCCUGUUCUCUUGGUUUGUUGCCGAGUACCUGUACUUUGAGCAUGUGCACCUGUACACGUACGACCUGUUUGCGGAGCGGCUGGGAUUCAAGCUCGUGUGGGGGUGCUGGGCCUUGUAUCCGCUCUUCUACCCCAUUGGCGUGUGGCCCCUCAUCACGCCGCCCACUGCAGACGCAGACUUGUCGGUGCUGCAAGCGGCUGGCGUUGUGGCUCUGUUCUUCUUUGGAUGGGUGUUGACGCGUGGCGCCAACCUGCAGAAGUACACGUUCAAAGUGGACCCACAGCAGCCGUUCCUCGGUGUCAUCCAGCCCCACACCAUCAGCGACACGCGAAUCCUGUACUCUGGGUUUUGGGGCCUUGCGCGCCACAUCAACUAUCUUGGGGAGAUCCUGCAAAGCGUUGCGCUUGCGCUGCCUGGGUGGCUGCUGACGGGCAGUUGGCUGCCUUGGCUGUAUCCGCUGUACUACGUGCUUCUCCUCGUUCCGCGUCAGUGGGAGUUGGAUCUUGCUGUGGAUGGGGAUGAGGCGGCGAGCGAGUUCCCAGAGGCGGCCAGGGCCCUGCGUGCUGCUGAUAUUGUGGUGCACGGCGCAGGUGUGAUGUCCUUCUUCCCAGCCACCGCAGCUGACACGGACUACAUGCAGCGGGUCAAUGUCAACGGCACGCGGACCGUCACCCGUCUCAUGCGGCCGGGCAAGAGUGCGCUGCUGUACAUCAGCUCGACGGAGGCCAUGGGCGCAUGCACAGACUGCGACGAAGCGGCGCCGGCACGACCCUGGUGCGCAUAUGGGGCGACGAAGCUCGCUGCGGAGGCGGUUGUUCGCGCCGAAACCAAAGACCGUGCCAUCUCCCAUGCCAUCCUGCGGCUGACGGGCGUGAUGGGCCCUGGGGACGACUUCUCGCUGUAUCAGCUCAUGCUUGCCGUCCACCUCGGCCUGCUGCCGUUCACCGUGGGCGCAGGCGAUGCGGCGCUCAUGUACACACACGUCGACGACGCGGUGCAGGGCGUGCGCCUGGCCAUGCUCGCUGCUGCCGCCGAGCACCACUGCAGCGUGCCCGACACCAUGCACCUCUCCACCCACAACACAGACGCGAGCAGUCGUCGCGGUGGUGGCACGGCUGUCACAAUCGACGCAACUCCGCACCGCCCAACAGUUGCCUUGCCAAUGGGGAGCACUGCCACGUCCGCACUCGCGAGCACGCGCGCCAUGAAUCGCACGUUCAUCAUCGCGCCGGGCGAUGCGCUCACCGUCCACGGCUGGAUAUCCCAUAUUGCACGGCAGUUUGGGCGGCAACCGCCCCUCUUGCCGCUGCCACCGCCACUCGUCCGCACGCUCAUGGAAGCGCUCGAUCCAGUGAUGAAUGCGUUUGUGCGCGCACCGUUUCUGUUCAAGGCUGAGAUGAUUGACCGCAUGCUGGAGAACAGGACAUACAGCGCUGCCAGCGCCCAGCACCAUCUUGGAUACCGCCCAAUUUACACGUGCGCUGCCGCUGUCGAGAACACCGCAGCCUGGUACCUCGCCCAGGGCUGGCUUACUGCAACACCGCUGUCGCUCGUCGAGGUCAUAUUGGCGGUGAUCAUCACCGCUUGCGUGCUGUUACCGCGGGUCUGCUGCUGCCGUGCCUGUGGCCGCUCCACCCCUUCGUCCCACAUCCAUCCCAAAGGAGACUAG